CUGCCCGCGGCCGCCGUAGCGGCUCCCGGAAGUGUCUCCAUGGAGACAGGAGGAGCUCGGGUCCGGCCGGGGCGGUGAUGGAGAAAUACGAGCGGAUCCGGGUGGUGGGGAGAGGGGCCUUCGGCAUCGUGCACCUGUGCCUGCGCAAGGCCGACCAGAAGCUGGUGAUCCUGAAGCAGAUCCCGGUGGAGCAGAUGAGCAAGGACGAGCGGCUGGCAGCGCAGAACGAGUGCCAGGUCCUCAAGCUGCUCAGCCACCCCAACGUCAUUGAGUACUACGAGAACUUCCUGGAGGACAAGGCGCUCAUGAUCGCCAUGGAAUAUGCCCCAGGUGCGCCCUGAUCUCCUCAACUGGUCCAGGGGAUGCCAAGCCCUCAGGUCUCCUUGGGUCAGGCUGCUGUGGCCCUGUGUUGUGAUUUUGGUAAAGAUCCCACACCUUGGACCACCAAAGGGUCCCAACGUGUGUCUGGAACAGACGUUGUAGAAAAGGAUCUGAGGGUCCUGAUGGGCACCAAGUUGAUUGUGAGUCAAGUGACUGAUCAUUAGCACAGGUUGCCCAGAGAUGUGGAGUCAUCGUCCUUGGAGAUAUUCAAAAGACAGGUCAUGGUCCUGGGUAACCAGCUCUUUGUGUCCCUUCUUGAUCGUGGGACUGGACCAGAGAACCUCCCGAUGUCCCUUCCACCCUCAACUGGGGGCACAUUAGCCGAGUUUAUACAUAAGCGCUGUAACUCCUUGCUGGACGAGGACACCAUCCUGCACUUCUUCGUGCAGAUCCUCCUGGCUCUUCACCAUGUGCACACCAAGCAGAUCCUGCACCGUGACCUGAAGACUCAGAACAUCCUCUUGGACAAACAUCGCAUGAUUGUCAAGAUCGGAGACUUUGGUAUCUCGAAAAUCUUGAGCAGCAAGAGUAAAGCCUACACAGUUGUGGGAACUCCGUGUUACAUCUCCCCAGAGCUCUGUGAAGGGAAGCCUUACAACCAGAAGAGCGAUAUCUGGGCUUUGGGCUGUGUGCUGUACGAACUCGCCAGCCUCAAGAGGGCUUUCGAAGCUGCGAAUCUUCCUGCCUUAGUAUUGAAGAUCAUGAGCGGGACGUUUGCCCCAAUAUCGGAUAGAUACAGCCCCGACUUGCGCCAGCUCAUCCUCAGCAUGCUGAACCUGGAUCCUUCUAAGCGGCCCCAGCUGAAUGAGAUCAUGGCUCAAGCCAUCUGCAUUCGGCCCCUUCUGAACCUCUACACUGACGUGGGCAGUGUCAAAAUGAGAAGGCCUGAAAAACCCUUGGCUCCAGUGCCGACAGUGACCCACAGCCGGACGGGGGGACGAGUGAGCAGCGCCAGGCCGAGGGGUGUUCGAGGUGGUUCAGCCAGGACAGGAAUUCCUCCUCCACUGUCAUCCAUCUACACCUGGGGGAGCGGAAUCACCACCCCGCUCCGCCUGCCCAUGCUCAACACCGAGGUGGUGCAGGUGUCUGCUGGACGGACGCAGAAGGCCGGGGUCACCAAAUCAGGGCGGCUCAUCAUGUGGGAGGCUCCCCCCAUGGGUGCUGCGGGAGGCCCUUCUCUCCCAGGAGCCACUGAGCAGCUCCAGCCUCAGUUUGUGUCCCGCUUUCUGGAGGGACAGUCCGGUGUGACCAUCAAACACGUGUCCUGCGGUGAUCUCUUCACAGCCUGCCUCACAGAUAGGGGGAUAAUCAUGACCUUCGGCAGCGGCAGCAAUGGCUGUUUGGGGCAUGGAAACUUCACGGAUGUAAGCCAGCCCAAGAUCGUGGAGGCCCUGCUGGGCUAUGAGAUGGUACAGGUGGCCUGUGGCGCAUCUCACGUUCUGGCGGUUUCCAACGAACGGGAAGUGUUUGCCUGGGGCAGGGGGGAUAAUGGUCGGCUUGGGCUGGGAACCCUGGAGUGCCACAACUCUCCCCAGCAGGUCACAGUGCCCCCAGAGCACGAGGCUCAGAGGGUCAUCUGCGGCAUCGAUUCCUCCAUGGUCCUCACAGUGAAGAACCAGAUUCUUGCUUGUGGGAGCAACAGGUGUAACAAGCUGGGCCUAGAUAGGAUCAGCUCAGCAGAGGAGCCUUCCGCAGAGGACCAGGUGGAAGAAGCCACCACGUUCGUGUGUGCCCAGUCGUCCCCUUUGAACCAGGAGCCAAUCGUGUGUGCUGACAUCGGUACAGCACACUCAGCUGCAGUCACAGCUUCUGGCCAGUGUUACACCUUUGGGAGCAACCAGCAUGGGCAACUGGGCACCAACUCAGGCCGCAACAGCCGUGUACCACACCUGGUUGUGGGGCUCCAGGCAAUGAAGGUCACCGUCGUGGCUUGUGGGGAUGCCUUCACCGUGGCCAUCGGAGCAGAUGGCGAGGUGUGCACGUGGGGGAAAGGAGCCAGGGGACGCCUGGGCAGGAAGGACGAGGAAACGGGAACCCCAAGGCCGGUGCAGCUGGAGGAGACGCAUCCAUACCUGGUGACCUCUGUAGCCUGCUGCCACGGGAACACACUGCUGGCAGUAAAGCCUGCCGCAGAAGAGUCACCUUCCCAGUGAGUCUGAGUUGAGAGGGGCCGUAUCCAGCCUCAUGGAGCUCCAGCCUGGCUUGGACCUGCAUCGCCAGGCUCGGGAGCUCCUCAGCUGCGCUCCGAAGGCAGCGAGCAACCUGGAAACAGGGAGCUCUGAACGAUGGUUCCCACGGAACCGGAGCUGGUCUCACUUGUCAAAUCAACACUGCGAACCUCCAGUGCCUUAAGCUGUUGCCCUGGACCUGCGGUGGGGCGGACAUCCCUGAAGCUGCGGUGCUGCGUUCAGGGGUUUGUGCUGGGGCUCUGGCCCUCCCUGCUGGAAGUGCCUGUGUAGAAGGGUGAGGAGCACAGAGGUUGUUUUCCUCCGUGGAAACCGUCUCUGGUUACAAAGCCCAGGCUGACAGCUCGGUGUCUGAGAGAGCUGUCAGCCUUUGCGCAGCGGUGUCUGGAGUUAGGGCCCCAGGCGCUGCGCUGGGUGACUAAGUGCAAACCUCUUUUCUAAUUAGAGAAGCCUGUCCUUUCCCAUCCCCCCGCCCCCCCCCCCCUUUUAAACAUUUCACCCAUUUGUUGAGCUGUUCAUCACGCUUUUGAGGGUCCUGGCUUGCACGGCUGGCCGAACCCAGCACGAGCAGUCCUGCUUGCUCUGCCGAAAUGCCGCCUGGAGCUUUCCAAUUACAGCCUCCCCUGGCCCCAGGAGCUCACCGGAGGAUCCUCCAGCUGACAUUUGUCCUCAGGCCCCUAAAUCCUGCUGCUGACCAGCUCCCAGGCUCCCAGCUGAGCUAGUGGAAAGCAGCAAAACACAGUGAGCAAUUGGCAGUAAUUGAAAUUUUUAACCCACAUCUCCCCAGGGAGAUGAUGAGUUUUCACCAAGGAUCCUUUCUGCAGGCAGGAGGGGGCACAUCACGGUGUCACAGGCACGAGUUACAUUUUUCAUCUCCAGAAGGGUCGUUUCCUUUCCUUUUUUUUUUCCUCCUCUUUUCUUUUUUUAACUUACAUCUGCCCUGGGCCAUUUUUUGAUGAGCUUCUGUCUCUGAUCUGUCUGACAUUGCAAAUGCUCUUGCCUUUCACAUCCAUCUUUGUGCUGUUGCCAAUCUGUUGUGUAUAAAGUCAAUGCUUUCAUAAGCUGGCUGAGAUGAAA